UUUAAUAUUCAGGUCACAUGACGAUGGCAGCAGGAGCAGCACCAGCAUCCCCUCUCCGCUGAAAUAGCCACUGGAGAAGGAGGGGAAGGAGAGGGGGGGAGAAGAGGAUACAGGGAAGAAAGAGGGAGGUAAAAGCGGCGCUUCGUAGCCCACCGUGCCGUGCCAGCGUCAGGCUAGGAAAGUAAGGGAAAACCCACCCCCUUGGGCGAGGAUUCGGAGACAAAGGAAGCUUCAUGUUCAAAGGACCAGUGGAGAACAAAAGUGAAGCAGCCAUGUCUGAGCUGGUCCCAGAGCCACGACAAAAACCAGUCGUACCAAUGAAACCCAUGGGCAUUAACGCCAACUUGCUGGGCUACAUCGGUAUAGACACCAUCAUUGAGCAGAUGCGUAAGAAAACAAUGAAGACAGGUUUCGACUUCAACAUCAUGGUUGUAGGUCAGAGUGGACUGGGAAAAUCGACACUGGUGAACACCCUCUUUAAAUCCCAGGUGAGCCGCAAAUCUUCAGGGUGGAACCGGGAGGAGAAGAUCCCCAAGACGGUGGAGAUCAAAGCCAUUGGGCAUGUCAUUGAAGAAGGCGGUGUCAAAAUGAAGCUGACAGUGAUUGACACACCAGGAUUUGGGGACCAGAUCAACAACGAGAACUGCUGGGAGCCUAUUGAGAAAUACAUCAAUGAGCAAUAUGAAAAAUUCCUGAAAGAGGAAGUGAAUAUUGCAAGGAAGAAACGAAUUCCAGACACGCGAGUGCACUGCUGCCUCUACUUCAUCUCCCCUACAGGCCACUCCCUGCGGCCUUUGGACCUGGAGUUUAUGAAACAUCUCAGCAAAGUAGUGAACAUCAUCCCAGUUAUUGCCAAAGCUGACACCAUGACCUUGGAGGAAAAGACUGAAUUCAAACAAAGAGUACGCAAAGAGCUAGAAGUAAAUGGGAUCGAGUUUUACCCCCAGAAAGAAUUCGAUGAGGACUUGGAGGAUAAAACAGAGAACGACAAAAUCAGGCAGGAAAGCAUGCCCUUUGCAGUAGUGGGCAGCGACAAGGAAUACCAAGUGAACGGCAAAAGAGUCCUGGGCAGGAAAACACCUUGGGGAAUCAUUGAAGUGGAAAACCUGACCCACUGUGAAUUUGCCCUACUUCGAGAUUUCGUCAUCAGGACCCACCUUCAGGACCUGAAAGAAGUGACCCACAACAUCCACUAUGAAACCUACAGGGCCAAGCGGCUGAAUGACAACGGAGGGCUGCCCCCCAUGGCUGUUGAGACAGAGGAAAACCAUGAAAGUAACCUGUGAAUGACACACACACACACACCCCUGAUGUCACCCAGUGUCUCUGGAUAUGACAACCCACCCCUGCUACCCUUGAGUCUACCAUGGACCCAUCUUGAAACAUGUGGCGCAUCCUCCAUGUGUGUGAGAGGAUGCGAGUGUGAGUGUGUGUGUGCACCUACCUAUGUGCCAGAGAGUGACCAAAGGUGAGGUCUCCCCUGUCCUCCCCAGAGUGUCCUCAGUCUCAGUUUGUCUUUUUGCAUAGCGGACUGUCCGUCAUGUUCCUUCGUCUUGUU